AUGUCGACGAAGUCUUCCAAAACAGUUCUCAUUACAGGAGGCAAUGGGGCGUUGGGAUCACAUAUCGCCUUCGAGAUUGCGAAGACACACCCGGAAGUCUUCUUCAUCCUCACGUCGCGUAGAGAAAACGACGCGCAGGCGCAGAAGAUUACGGCUCAGCUGCACGACAGUGGCGUGAGCGCUUUCGAGUUCUUGGCGCUCAACUUGGCCAGCUUCGCGUCGGUCAAAGCCUUCGCAGCCAAGGUGGCCGAGAGAGUUCGGUCGAAGACCAUCCCACCCAUCGCCGUCCUGAUCAACUCGGCUGCAUAUUCGUCGUACGAGGUGGACGAGAAAACCGCGGAUGGAUUGGAUCCGGUAUACCAGACAAACGUUCUAUCUCCGUUCCUCUUGACUGUGCUCUUGCUGGAGGACGGAUUCCAGGUGGUGGAUGGCGCGCCACGUGGCAAAAUCAUACAGAUCACCAGUGAGACCGUGUCGAUGGGCCAAGUGGACUUUUUCGACUCCUGGGGGCCGACCGAACAGAUGCCUGUCGGUUCCAGCUUGGCGGUCACGCAGGGACUCACAAGAUAUGGCAGCAGUAAGUUGAUUGGAGACCUGACCAUGUAUACUUUGAGGGAGAAGAUGUUGGAGGGCAAAACCAAGGGAGUCAACAUUUUCUCCCUGGAUCCCGGCGGGAUGAACCACAACAGCAACCUCUCCCGGGGCAAGAUGCCGACGGCUCUGAAGCUUCUGGCAAACAUCCUUGUCAUUCUAGGGCCCUUUGUCAGGUUGUUCAAGAAGAGCAUGAUCAACCAUCCCAGCGUCCCGGCUGCAGCGGUAGCCAAGGCGGCCUUUGAUGCGGCAACCGACGGCGUCGACAAGGAGGUGUAUUUCGUGCUGGAUGAACAGAUCGGGUUGCAACGCAUAGCAAAGGCCAUGGCAGAGCAUAAGGAGGCAGUGUUCGAGAGGGUCCUGAAGGAUACGGGGGUCGGCAUGAACCGAAUAGACCGGCUGACGGGGUGA